UGGGUGACUCAUAGGAGACAGAGCUGGAAGGGAGCAGAGCACUUGCACCACUCCCCUCCCCCUCUCUACACUUGCUAAGGACAUUCCUCUUCACCUGUCCCUAAUGGGAGUGCUUCUUCCAUCCUCUGAGUAUGACAAACUGAAUACUACUGAUUGCCUUGCAGAUAAUUUAGAGCAUCUUGCACCCAUGGCAUAGUGAACUGAACGCUUAGCCAGCUUGGGCCAGGAGUCUCCCCAACAAACAACCAACCAGCGACCCAGCCCCAAUCCCCAGGAGAUGACUAUGUAGGAACUAAGGUGCGCGGAGCGCGGGGGACUAGUUUGCCGCCGCACCGGAAGGGGAACUUUCGAGGGGCGUGACAUUGCGGCCGGAGCUGGGACGAGGCUGAGGCCACACAGGAGGGAGUCGAGCUCCAGUAAGGGUCAUGCUGAGCAGCGCAGUCCAGAGAAGUGUAUCUGCGCUGCUGGGGAGGCAGCCGUUGGCGUGGCAGGUCGGGACCAAAGGGGUGCAUACCGCGGUGUCCCGGCCGAAGGCGGAUAGUCCAGCGUCCGGCCAGACCUCUCCGCCCCCGGCCUUCGACCCGGCCUUGUUGGAUUUCCUGGUCUGCCCCCUUUCCAAGAAGCCUCUCAGGUAUGAAAUGUCAACAAAUGAACUGAUUAAUGAAGAAUUGGGAAUUGCUUACCCAAUCAUUGAUGGCAUUCCCAAUAUGAUACCACAGGCAGCAAGAAUGAUACAUCAGAAUAAGCAACAAGAAGAAAAAGAACCAAAGUAGCAUGUUCUUAUUAAAAAACAAAUUGGGACAUAGUAUGUAAGGAGGACGGAAAGAAAAGCAGUCAAGGAAAAUGUUUCUGUCUCUACCCACACUGACUGUUCUUGUUCCCCUGAUCUCUUUAGCUGGACUGUUUUACUCCGCCUCUGUAGAUGAAGAUUUUCCCCAUGGUUGUACCAGCACCAGCAGCCUGUGCUUUUACAGUCUUCUUUUGCCAAUUACCAUACCAGUUUAUGUAUUCUUCCACCUCUGGACGUGGAUGGGUAUCAAGCUCUUCAGACACAAUUAAUGUAAUGAGAGGCAACCCUAAAGGGCUCUGUACAUAAAGCCAUGUGACUUACAUUGAAACAGGAAAAUGAUCUUUUAUUGUACUCCACUUAACUCUUAAUAGAUUGGAAUGAGCUCAUUUUCUUAGGGAACUUAGGUUUUCAUUUCUCUCCUAGAGAUGAUUGGAGAAAGGAAAGUUAAAAUGAGUUCCUUUUGCAUAGUUGCAGAGGGGAGAAGGAGAAUCCCUAUAAUGAUUUCAUGAAAAUAUUCCCUCGUUGGAUUUAACAACCCUAAUUUUGAUCUGUAUAAAUGUUUGAUUUUUAAUUUUGAUUAUGCUUAUCAAAAACCUAAAUACAUUUCUCCAAAGGUUUUUGGAUUAUUUUGGUUAGUAGAUUAAAGGUCUUCGGGCACUGGAAGAUGAUAGUGUACUAAUUAGAAUUGGAUGCCAAAUAUAAUAGUUAAAAAUAAUUAUUACAAUAGAAAUAUUUUCAAAAGUGCUACACCAAAUAAUUUGUUCAUUUAAAUAAUUUCAGAUAACUCCACUUGAACUAAUAUUCAUACAAAAGCUUACAAUAAAGUAGAAAUUGAUUAGUA